AUGAACAAGAAAUCAUGGCCAGUGGCUCUUCAGGCUUUGCCAUAGCCUGAGGAGCCAGCAGAAGGUGUUGUAGUCAUCCCGUACUCGGGGCAGAGGUACCAGGAGCUCAAGCAGCAAUGCCUGCAGGAGCGAUGCCUCUUCACCGACCCGCUCUUCGACGCUGUCCCCAGCUCACUCGGAUACUGGCAACUCGGACUUGGGUCUGAGAAUAUUAGGGGGCUGGAGUGGAAGAGGCCACAGGAAAUUUGCAGGUCCCCAAAGUUCAUAGAAGAGGAUAUGAGCCGGACUGAUGUCAAGCAGGGCAAGCUGGGCAACUGCUGGUUCCUGGCUGCAGCUGCGUCUCUCACCCUCGACCCACGGCUCAUGCAGAGGGUGGUACCCAAGGGGCAAAGCUUUGCACAGGAGGACUAUGCUGGCAUCUUCCAUUUCCAGUUCUGGCAGUACGGGCAGUGGGUGGAUGUGGUGGUUGACGACCGACUGCCGGUGAAGAACGGAGAACUGGUCUUCGUGCGCUCCUGCCAGAGUGAUGAAUUCUGGAUGCCCCUGCUGGAGAAAGCCUAUGCCAAGCUCAACGGCUCUUACGAGGCCAUGAACGGCGGGUACAUGAACGAGGCCUUUGUGGACUUCACGGGCGGGGUCGGGGAAACCUACCAGCUCAAGAUGCCCAAUCCAGAGCUCUUCAAAGUCAUCCGCACGGCUCUCACGAAGAGGUCUCUGAUGGGGGCACACAUCAAGAUCACCCGGCAAGAGGACAUGGAGGGACACACGCCAGAGGGGCUGGUGAAGGGACACGCCUACUCCAUAACGGGUGUUCGCAAGCUGGAUCACAGGGGCAAGAAGCUAAAGCUGCUGCAGCUGAGGAACCCCUGGGGAAAGGUGGAGUGGAACGGCCGGUGGAGCGAUCACUCCCCACUGUGGGCAGGGCUGGAUCCCAAGCUCCAGAAGAGCCUACAAGUGAGAAAGGAAGAUGGGGAAUUCUGGAUGCAAAUGGACGACUUCCUGAGGUACUUUGACGCCCUGGAGAUCUGCAGCCUGACUCCAGACUUGCUGGAAGAGGAGAAGGGGCUCGGCUGGAAUGUCCGCUCCUUCCAGGGGCGCUGGAGCACUGGCUAUACCGCCGGCGGGUGCAGGAGCUCAGGCCUUCGAGACAGCUUCUGGAUGAACCCCCAGUACCACGUCCGCCUGCUGGAGCCGGAUGAGGCCGACCUGCGGAAGCAGCGCCUGGACCCCAGCUGCACCCUGCUGGUCUCCCUGAUGCAGAAGGACCGGCGCCGGGACAGAAAGAGGGGAAAGGACUUUCUGCCCAUUGGCUUUGAGAUCCUGAAGAUGCCCAAGGAGUACCUGGAGCUGAAGAACGUGUCCCAGAGGAGGGCGUUGCUCCCGUCUCUCCGUGCCAUGUUUUGGACCUCAUACGUGCCCAUGAGGGAUGUCACCGGCCGCUACAGGCUGCCACCGGGGGAUUAUCUCAUCAUCCCCAGCACUGGCUACCCGAUGGAGGAGUCCAGCUUCACCCUGCGCAUCUUCACGGAAAAGGCAAACAAGUUCCUGGAAAUUGAUGAUGAAAUCAGAGCAGACAUGAGACCCCUUCAGAGAAUCCCCAACGAGAAAGAAUUUGAGCAAACCUUCCUGAAGCUUGCAGGACCGGACGAGCAGAUUGACGCUGCCAAACUGCAGGAUAUCCUGAACACGGUCACGGCAAAGCAGAGUCAGCUGAAGACAGAUGGGUUUGGCCUGGAGCUCUGCCAGAAAAUCAUCCAGCACUUUGAUCAUCAGCGCAGCAAGACCGGAAAACUGACACUGCCGGCGUUCAAGCACCUGUGCAGCAAGAUUAAAGAAUGGGAGGCUGUCUUUACCAAGUACGACGUGGAUCGCUCGGGGACAAUGAACAUCCACGAAAUGCAGCUGGCGCUGGAUGCAGCAGGUUUUCACUUGAACCACCAGCUGAGGGAGACCAUCACGAGCAAAUACCGCAACCGAUACCUGAUGAUCGACUUUGACAGCUUCCUGUCCUGCAUGCUGCAGCUGGAAGCCAUCUUCAGGCAGUGCCAAGAGUACGACAAAGCCGGUGCUGGGACGAUCACCAUGACGCAGAAGGAGUGGUUGGAGCUUGCUACCCUCACCUAAACUGGAAGAGGUGACAGAAUCGUCUCCUGGGAGGAUCAGCAACAAAUACCUAACAAGAUGCAAUAAAAAAAAAAAAAAAUCAGUUAAGGAGGAUGCAUUAGGAGAAAUUGAAUAGAUAAUUUUGCACUAAUCAUUUUGCACUAAUUCCUAACAUUCAAGGCCAGAAAGAACCAUUAGAUCAUCUAGUUUGAUUUUCCGUAUCACACAGGCCAGAAUAGUUCAGUGUUAUCCCUGUACUGAGACAAGUAAUUUGUCUGGCUAAAGUCUCUUCCAGAAAGUCAGCCAUGAUCUGAAAUCUUUAAGAAAUGGAGAAUCUGCCACUUUCCUUGGGAGUUAAUUCAUGUUGUUACUCACCCUCCCUGUUAAUCUGCCUUCCUUCUAACUCUGAUUUGUCUGGGUUUAACUUCUCGCCCUUUGUUCUUGUUCUGCCUGUCUGUGCUAGAUUAAAGAGCCCUUUCGCGGCAGAUAUUGUCUCCUCAGGAAGGUACUUAUACACUAAUCAGGUCACCCCUUGAUCUUCUCAAUACACUAAACAGAUCGAGCUCCUUAAAUCUCUCAUUGUAAAGUGUUUUUUCUAGCCCUGGAAUCAUUUUUGUGGCUCUUUGCACUUUUCUCCAAAUAUUCCUCAACUGGUUCAUCUCUUGGGAUGAAGCAGGUUCGAUCCUAGCUCCACAGACUGCUCUGCUAGGGCAUGACCCUGCCCUUUUCAACAUCCAGCUCCCAAGAGUGCAGGGGGGAUCUGAGAAGGGGGUGGGCUGGGGAACAUGUUGCUCAUGUGGCUAUGAGGGGUUACUGACAAACAAUUUCCAAUAUGAUGAACGUUUUUAGAUG